GGAGCCCGAGAGUAAAGGGCAGUAGCUUCCCUCAGCCCCGGGGCCUGUGCACAUCUCCGCGCACGUGCUCACGGGGGCGGCGCGUCCGGGGGCCGGACACCGGCCCCUGUUCUGACCCUGCGCUGGGCUUGCGGGAGCGGAGCUGCCUGCAGGGCUCCGGACGCUCCAGUGCGCCAGCAGGGGCAGCAUGGUGGUGGGGUGAGAGAUGGAUCCCCCCGACGCUUGGGACCCCUACAGCCGGCCGGCCCGCCGGACCCAGUGGCUGGUCAGCGCCCUGGCGUAUCACUACGGGCUGGACCGGGGCGUGGAGAACGAGAUCAUCGUGCUGGCCACGGGCUUGGACCAGUACUUGCAGGAGAUCUUCCACCACCUGGACUGCGAGGCGGAAGGCAGGAUCCCCGGCGAGGACUUCCGCACCCUCUGCCAGGUGUUGGGGCUGGCGGACCCGGAGGAGGCGGCGGCCGACCCGGAGGAAUGCGCCGGCCUCUGGGAGGACCUGGCCCCGGAGCUGACUUUCCGCCAGUUCCACGCCAAGCUCUGCGGCUACUUCAGCACCAAGGCCGGCUGCGCGCCGCAGCGCCCGGCGGUGGGCAGGCUGCCGCUGGGCAAGGAGAGCGAGCACAUCGAGACCCAGAUCCGGCUGCGCAGCCCGCUGCGGCGGCGCCGGGACAAGGCGGGCCAGGGGGCUGCUGCCAUCAAAAGCGGCAGCCCGCGAGGGGCUUCUCCUCCCCCGGCCGCCCCCGGGCUGGCCCCACACGCCAGGCGGCCGGGCCCCUGCUCCAGGGAGUGCUACGAGGAGAUCGUGGCUCUGGAGCAGGCUGAAGACCGGAUCGUGAAGCUGGAGGAGGAGAACGGCAGCCUGCGGGAGCUGGUGGAGGACAUGCGGGCAGCGCUGCAGAGCAGCGACGCCAGGUGCCUCGCUCUGCAGGUAGGACUGUGGAAAAGCCAUGCUAAUCAUAAGAAAGAUGGGACCUGUUUUAUAGGUAAUAGGAGACAGUUAACUCCCAAACACUCCCAGCCCACCAAGUGCCUUCAGAGUGUCCUAAAGGAGGUGGAACUAAUCCGGAAUUCCAGGGAUGGACAAAUUGAAGAAGCAAUUAGGGUCAAUCAAGAACUGCAAAAAGAAUUGAGGAGUUCCCAGGAAGCUAUAGUCACCCUGGAAGACUGCAACCGUAAUCUGAAGAGGGAACAGGCAGAAAUGAGGAAGAAAGUGGAAGAAGCUAGACACGCAGUCCUUAACAGUCUUGGCAAAGUGAAGGAGUUAGAAGCAAAAGCCAAUAAAGUGCCACAUUUGCAGAUAUACAUCCAGCAGCUAGAAUCAGAACUACAGUACUAUAGGUCAGAGGUUCUGAAGCUUCAGCUUCCUUCAAGAGGCAGCACAAAGCAAAAAGAAGGAGCAGCACUACUGGAUGGAAAACACUGCUUAUCUGCUGUGCAACUGGAUCGAAGCUCACCCACUGGGGGAGCAGGGAUGUCAGAGAAUGUGGAAGAUCAGAUGUUCCGUUCUGUGGAGGGCCAGGCUGCCUCAGAUGAAGAGGAGGAGAAGUGGAUAGGGGACCAGCAAUCCCAGGUGGCUGAAUUGAAGAAACUUCUGGACAGGGUUCCCUGUUGUGGAAGUGGAUGUGAUGACAAAAUGGUGAAGAAACUGAUGUCUUAUUUUGAGAGCACCAAUAAUGAUGACCAUGAGAAUGCCACUGUGGAGCUAGCGGAGAGAAUCACCACGUUAACUGAACAGCUUGAGAUGAAAGGGAAUGAAGUGAAAAAACUGGAAACAAACAUGAAGGAGAUGAAAGGCCCAUUGCUAGGUGAACUGCAACAAAAGGUGGAGGAGACUGAAUUGUUGAAGAUGGAGCUACAGAUGUUGGAGACUGAGAGAGUUAGGCUGUCACUGGUGGAAGAAAAGCUCAUGGAUGUUUUACAGCUUCUUCAACAACUUCAAGACCUGAGCAUAUCUAAGCGCGCCUUGGGGAAAAUCUUGCUGAGCACUUUGGAAUCCUGUCGUGACCCCCAACAUGGAAAAGCCCACAUUCUUGAGGUCCUAGAUACUCUCUACCAUGAGCUGGCUGCCUGUGAACUCCUACAAAGCAAGCCUCUAGAAAAAGCUCAAAGUCACCAGUCCUUGUCUAACCCACUGGUUAUCUCUUGUUGAGCAACAGUGCCAUCUACAGUUCAUCGUGAUUAGUCAAGUAUCUAAAAUCUUACCAUGUUAAACAGAGGGUGGAAGAAUAAGAUUGCCAGAUUUGGAGGAGUUCAAUAAUAAAGGGACAAGUUAGGACAACUAAGCCAUGAAAUCACAGGUAUACUGCUCUGGGAAGACCUCUAAUUCCUCAGCUAACUUCGCAGCUGUCCUCUAUAAGUGUUCACAUUUCAUGAGAAUUACUUAAUGAUGUCCAUCUCUGAAGCCUGACAACCACCGCAUUAUGGCAUUGUAACUGUACCAGUUCACCAAAUGAAAAGUAUUAUAAAUGCACUGACCAGCUCAAUAGAGGAAAACCCCAAACUGAAUAGCUGAUUGUCGAUUAGCUAGAGAUUUUUCCUCUUCUGAUAGCUGAACCAGUACAUUAAAUAGUGGAAGACAGACUAACUGGCUGACACAUGUUGUUUUAUUAAAGUACAAGAGACAAAAUUGCUGUAUUAUAAAGAUAUAUGCACACCAGUAUAUGCCAGUAGGGCAAGUUAAAGACCCAUGUAUAAAUGUAUGUGUUUGUGAUUGUGAGUAUAUACCUUAUUUAACUCUAGAGAUACAUUUAUGUUUCUGUUCAUGCGGAUUUUGUAUUUGUAAUUACAAAUCCAUUAGAAGUGUGAUUAUGUUUUGAUAUUAAUCUGUAACUGUCCUUGCUGAUUAUAAUCUUAGAUUUUAUGUUAAACAUUAAAUUGCUCGGAAAAAAGUGAAGAAUGAUCUUGUUCCCCAAGUUGCCAGGAACUGGGAAGGCUGCAGAGACAGGGAGUGAAAGGAAGAAAGCUUCAUAUUACUCUUUCACCAGCCAACUAGCAAAUGAUAUACAUGUAAGACAUUCCCACCCCAGAUAGUCUAAGUGAGAUUGUAAAGAUACAAAGCAAGGCCUCAUUUGCAGGCAAAGGGCUUGAUGGAAGUAAAAUGUUGGACAUGCUCAUGAAAGCAUAAAUUCUGGUCAGUAAUAAGAGAAUUCCCAGGGACAAAUAUAAGAGGACAAUGUGUUGCGAAGUUGCUGUUGCUUCCUCACUCAAUCAUCAACAGAAGAAAAUAAAAGGCAAAUCUCUUAAGACAUUCUACUGAAUCUGUGUAAUGAAAAAAGACGUACAGUAGGCUCUUCUGGGAAUAUGAAGAGAACUGGAUUUACCUGAGAUAACGCAGGGAACAAAAGGAGACAACUGAAUUUAAAAUUAUGCAGAUUAGAAACCACAGCCUUCCUAGGAAAAAGGUUUUUAGAGAAGGGCUACUAAGAGGAUCAGAGGAAUGGAAAAUCUACCUUAGUAGAGGAGACUCAAGGAGCUCAGCUUGUUUAGUCUCACCAAACGAAGGUUGAAGGGAGAUAUGAUUGCUCUUUCUAACCACAUCAGAGGGAUAAAACACCAGGGAGGGAGAGGAGUUAUUUAAGUUAAGCACCAACGUUGACACAAGAACAAAUGGAUAUACACUGGCCAUCAACAAGUUUAGGCUUGAAAUUAGACAAAGGUUUCUAACCAGAGGAGUGAAGUUCUGCAACAGCCUUUCAAGAGAAGUAGUGAGGGGCAAAAAAGCUAACUAAGCUUGAUAAGUUUAUGGAGGGGAUGGUAUGAUGAGGUUGCAUGCAAUGGCAUAUGGCCCAUAUGCAACUGCUAUAGCAAAUAUCUCUAAUGGCCGGAGAUGGGACAUUAAAUGGGGAAGGCUCUGAGCAACUACAGAGAAUUCUUUCCCAGGUGUCUGGCUGGUGGGUCUCACCCACAUGCUCCAGGUCUAACUGAUCACCACAUUUGGGGACAGGAAGCAAUUUUCAGAUUAGCAGAGACCUUAGAGGUUUCUUCACCUUCCUCUGCAGCAUGGGGCAUGGUUUACUUGCAGGUUUAUACUAGAGUAAAUGGUGGAUUCUCUGGUACUUGAAGUCUUUAAAUAAUGAUUUGAGGCUUUCAGUAACUCAGCCAGGAGGUUAUGUGCCUGUUACAGGAGUGGCUGGGUGAGGUUCUGUGGCCUGCGAUCUGCAGGAAGUCAGACUAGAUGAUCAUGAUGAUCCCUUCUGGCCAUAACAUCUAUGAGUCUAUAGCAAAAUGGCUCAAACCACAAUCCCAUUUAUUUUGUAGGGUUUUUUAUUUUGUAGUCCUUCGUUUUCAGACCACAUUGUGCUUAUUGUGCAGGUGGAUCACAUCAUCUGUGUACUUUCCAUCCAAAACUGUACAUGACGCUAUAUCAUUAGCAAUGUGUUCAUAACAAAAAUUUGCAAUAGAUAUUUUCCACUCCUUUCGGGGAAGAAAAAGGGUGUGGAAACAGUGAGCCAAAUUCUGUCUUGUGUUGCACCAGUGUUACUUCAGUAGGGUUACUGUGGAUUUACACUGGGAUAGCAGAGAGCAAAAUUUGGCCCAGUGAAUAUACAUUUUUACAUACAUGCACAUGCAAAAUUAGACUUAGGGCUUCUCUACAUGGUGGGGUAAUGCUUUCUACAGGGGUUUGAUUUCUACAGCAUACUAGCAUCUUGCACAUUAAUUGGUCGAUGUAGACCCUGCUGGUGCACACUAAAGGUUCCCUAAUGCACUUUAAUGUAAUACUAUUUCAAACAGCACAGCAUUAAAGUGUACCAGCGGGGUCUCCACCCAAUCCAUUAAUUCACAAUACAUUAGGGUGCUUUAGAAAUCACACCUCUACAAAGCACCCAUCACGUAGACAAAGCCACAGAUAGAGAGACAGUCGCAGUAUAGGAGUCAUCUUGCAAGCAAGGAAAUUAUGUACAAAUAUACAACAAUGAAAUAUCAGAUAAAAAGGGCACCAUGUAUUUCAUGUUUGUGUUCAUUUCCUCCAAAGGCCAGAACAAUGAAUCAGAUCCUGCCCUGUGCAUGCAUUAAGAGGCAGAAUUUGGUUUAGCAUGACUGCUGCAAAAUCCUUAAAUACUGAACGGUAAUUGUGUGUGUAUUUGGUGGAAAAGGUGUGUAGGGAAUCUGUUUAUAAUGCAAGUACAUACCUGACUAUAUACUCCCGCAAAUGUGGAAGGUAUCCUCAGUUCCUUGAAUGUGUAUUACUAAUAAGCUGUGUAUGGGGGAUGGGGGUGGGGACGAAUACUAUAAUUUUUUUCUGCCAUUAGGUUUCUACUUCACUUUCUAACAUAGCCUAGGUAUCUAAAACAUUAAGUAGUCUGUUGUCCCAAUUAGAAACUGAAGGAGCAGUGUAACUUAGAUGCCCUGUAGCACAGACAAACAGCAAUUAAGGUUAAUUGGAGACAGAAAAGGUGUCUCUGUAAUACAAGUUAUUGCUGCCGCUAAGAGUAAGGUAAAAAGCAGGUGCUAACAGGAAGCUUUUGCUAAUUUCAUUGGAAUGUAAUGAUUAGGUCAACAUGGGAAGUAAAGGAAUCUUGCCAUGUGAAACUGUUUCCCCUUUAUGGCAAUAUUAUCUAAUUGUAAAA